GUAUGACAAUAAAGAGACCGACAAUAUUGAGUUGCGUUUAAGAAACGAAGCUUAUAUAAGAUAGAUUUUGUCGAAAAUUUACAGAAAACGAGGAUUGGAGAAAUGUUUGCUCAACUGGGAUCCUUAAUAGCUACUUUCAUGUUUGUUCGAGCAAUUUUUCAACAAUAUUUCCCAACUCAUCUUCGAACUUCUGUUGAAUCGUAUUUCCAGAAAAUUUUCAGUUUUCUUUAUCCUUACAUCCAAAUAACCUUCAAUGAAUUCACCGGCGAACGAUUCAUGCGAAGCGAAGCUUUUGCCGCCAUCGAGACCUACCUCAGCUCCAGUUCCUCCGCUCAGGCACGGCGGCUUAGGGCGGACAUAAUCAAGAAUGGCCAAUCUCUGGUUCUUACCAUGGAUGAUAAUGAAGAAGUGGCUGAUGAAUUUCAAGGAGUAAAAGUCUGGUGGGCUUCUGGAAAGAACGUUUCCAAGACACAGACUUUUUCUUUCCAGCCUGUUCCGACUGAUGAAAAGAGAUAUUUCAAGCUGAAAUUCCAUAAAAAGCAUAGAAUCUUAAUCACUGGAUCGUACUUGAAUCAUGUACUGAAGGAAGGGAAGGCGAUAAAGGUGAAAAACCGGCAGCGAAAACUGUACACAAACAGUGGAUCCUCCUGGAGUUUUGUACCAUUUGAGCAUCCUGCAAAUUUCCAGACAUUAGCAAUGGAGCCCGAAAGAAAGGAGGAAUUUGUUAAUGAUUUGAUUACAUUUAGCAAGGCUGAAGAAUUUUAUUCAACAAUUGGCCGGGCCUGGAAACGCGGUUAUCUUCUUUACGGUCCACCAGGGACUGGUAAAUCCACUACAGUUGCUGCCAUGGCUAAUCUACUAAGUUAUGACAUUUAUGAUCUUGAAUUAACAGCAGUGAAAGACAAUACAGAAUUGAAGAAAUUACUGAUCGCGACAUCUAGCAAGUCGAUUAUUGUGAUUGAGGAUAUUGAUUGUUCAGUAGACCUGACCGGACAAAGGGCGAAGAAAAGGGAGAAGAAAGAUAUAGAAGAAAACGAUCCUGGGCAGAAAUUCACAAAGGACGAAUCAGAAUCAAGAAAUAGUAAGGUUACACUUUCCGGGCUUCUGAAUUUCAUAGAUGGGCUCUGGUCAGCUUGUGGGGGAGAAAGAUUGAUUGUAUUUACUACCAAUUAUGUGGAUAAAUUGGAUCCUGCCCUUAUUCGGAGAGGACGAAUGGACAAGCACAUCGAGUUGUCAUAUUGCACUUUUGAAGCUUUUAAGGUUUUGGCAAGGAACUAUCUUAAUUUGGAGUCGCACUCUUUGUUUUCGAGAAUUUGUAGUUUCCUCGAGGAAAUCAAGAUUACUCCAGCAGAUGUUGCAGAAAUUUUAAUGCCAAAGACUUUACCAGUUGAUGCAGAAAGUUGUUUGCGGGAUCUUAUUUUAGCUCUCGAGGGAGCGAAAAUGCAAGCAGGGCCGGAAAAACCACACGAUUAAAUAACUACAAACUAAGCCUUGUUUUUGAUGAUUUUUUGGUUGGAAGCAUGAAAGUUGUUUCGAUGAGAAGGUGUUGAGAGGGAGAAUGUUAAGUGGAUGCUACUUUUUUCUCUUCUCCACUCGAAUCAAUCCCCAACCUUCCCCCUUUGGAAGUGAUAAAUUUUGGACGAAUGUAUGAACAUGUAUUUAAAUUUGAAAGUUAUGUAACAUUAUCAAGACAAGAUUUUUCUCUUCAAUGUGAUGAAUAAUUAAGGAAAAUUUCAGCUU